ACGGGGCAUGUCCAUAAGGUACUGACAACUCUAGAGGAUUAGAAAGGCUCCUCUUUGCGCCUACUCUGCGUCUUUGCUAAAUUUCAUUUUCAAUUUAAAUCUUAUCAGAGCCCAGUUUUUUGAGGACCCAGUUGGCAACUACUGACAUGAGCACAUACAUGGAUCCCCAAGAAGAUCUUACAGAGAGGGACAUCACUCUCACCAUACAGCUUCCUGGAGGACAGGAGACCACAACCACAGUACAUGGCAGUAAGCCGGUGAUGGACGUUCUGGUCACUUUGUGUGCUCAACACCGCCUCAUCCCGUCAGACAAUGUUAUUAAACUCAUCUCGGCCAAUCAUAACCACAUUCGUUUCAAGCCCAACUCGCCGAUUGGCUCUCUUGAGUUUGAGAAAGUUGUCCUGCAACCUAAAGGAAGUGAUGAUGCUAAUAAGAAAAAGCCUCAUAUGCCUGUGGCGACAGUUCGUCUAAUGAUAAACUACAAGAAAUCCCAUAAAGCAGUAGUGCGGGUCAAUCCCAAAGUGCCACUGGAUGAGUUGGUGCCCUUGGUGUGUGAGAAGUGCGAGUUUGAUCCUAAUACCAUCAUCUUUUUGAGGACUUGCCGUUCAGAGGAACCUCUGGACCUCACCAAAACACUCAAUGACUAUGGAAUCAAAGAGCUAUACGCAAAAGACACAAAAGGUGGUGAUGAAGAACAAAAAACAGCAGUCAAAGAGAAGAUCCAGAGAGAAAAGGGCAACAAAAGAUUUUUUAGUUUAUUCAAAAAGAGCAAGAAAACACAUGAGCAGGCUUUGGCUGUCAGUGCUCCAGGCUCUCCCGAAUUGAACAACCGACAUGCAGUCGGGGUGAGCUGUCUGAACGGCCACUUAAAUUCACAAACGGUCACUGCAGACGUGCCUAAGAAGAGACGUGCUCCACGGCCUCCUCUGAUGACAUCUCAGAGCAUCGGCUGUGAACUUUACACCAAAGACUAUGCCGAAUUUGCUGAGCAGGACACACCUGGAAAACAGGGUCUGCUUAGUCGAAUAUCUUCCACUGAGUCCUCUCUUAAAAGGACUAAGCGGAGAGCCCCGCCUCCUCCAUCUGAUGAAGAUAACAAAGUAGAGAAUGUUGACAAGGAUGACAACAGUUCAGACAAACACAGAGCACACAUAGCUGACCGUUGCCCUGCGAUCGCUGAAGUCAUGAGCGAACUCGUGGAAUCUCUGCAGGCUCGACAUAAGAAGACGCUGUCUUCUGUAACUUCUUCUUCAUCCCAGCAACAAACCACAGAAGACACCUCAGGUCCAUCUUCUGAGCUCAGAACUCCAGAAGUUGAGUUUAAAACACCUCCUGGAUGUCGGCUGAUGAGGAGCUCGUCUGAGAGAGAAGGUUUGACCACCUUCACCGUGGUUCCUCAGAGACGUCUGCAAGGCGGGAAAUGCUUUGAAGUGGCACCGGACCCUGCCGAUGCAGAACAGAAGCUGAGCCCUGGUACCCCAGAAGACUUGGAGAUCCACAGUGCUCAGCUCCCAGAAGUCCAAACUGAACAUUUUAGAAAUGAUGGCAGUGGUUUAGACAAGCGUGAGAACCUGCCAGAGAUUCCACAGCACUUGGAGAAAGGAAAUGAAAUUUUGGCAAAUGCCAAGAACUUGGAGCAAAAACAUGAGAAGCAGAAUAAUUAUCUGAAACCCAUUAAACAGGAUGGUCUACAGUCAUUCCAAAGGGGCUUCAACAAUCUAGAACCACUAAAUGGUAAAGCAAAUAAUCUGGGGCUAAGAAAUGCAAAACUAACAAGUUUAGAGUUAGGAGACACUUGGACUGGUAAUGGACCAGCUCAUCAACCGGUUGGAUCAAAUAUAGAAGAUGGGGAACAUGAAUAUGCUCUGGUGGAGACCGGUAAGGAGAAGAACUGGAUAGAGCAAUACAAAGAAAAAAGAAGGAUGUUUCAAGGUUGUGAUGAUGACAAUAACAGCAAAUUACAUUUAUGGAGAAAGUUUAAAAUGGAUGAUGCACACACAAAUGAUAAUUUCCCAUCACCGCCACCGCCGGUCUGCUGGUACGAGGAAGACGGGGAAGGAGAGAACGACGAUAAAGAAACCGAAAGAGACCUGAGAGCUGACAUUGAGAGCCAUCUUAACUCAAAAUUCAAAUACCAACCCAACUCGCACCCUUCUAAACCAAAAGCAAACUCUACCCAAACUAUCCGUAAUGCAGAUUACACCUCUGCUCCAGAAUCUCCUGGCACCUCCUUUUUAACAUCUCACCCCAGUGCCGACUGCCCAUUUAAAUCACACUCGACCUCUGAUCCUUGCUCUACAGAAACUGUGUCUCCGUUUGCCUUAGCUGUAUUUCAAAAAGCCAAACAUUUCAAGUCUGCGCUGGAUACCAAGCACGCUAAGAGGUAAUUGAUGGCCAGUCUGAAUGAGAACUUUCCUUUAAAUUGGAUGAGGCGUUCUUUACCUCAGGAUCAUGUUUCUUAUGUUACUGAUUUUAUGUCAUUAUGAAUAUUUUGGAUUGAUACUGAAUUGUGAAUGGUUUAUCUGUUUUUAUCAAACACAUUUUUCAUCUGUCUGUAUUCUGUGAGGAAAGGAAAUGUUAUUUUUCUGGAAUUCUUUUAGGGGAUUUCAUGCAGUGUUUCCUGGGAAUGUUUUCAAAAACAUGAAUUUCCAGCAUUUGAAAUAAGUGGCAUGUAAACGAAAACAUGAUAAGUUUACCCCACAAUUACACAAGGAUAAAAAUAUGCAGUGGAGCAUGUGAACGUUCCAGUUAAACUUUUCUAUUGUAAAUGUUUAUUUUUAUUUUAAUGAAAGUUUAUUUUUAUGUGUCGACUUUGAUUUGAUUUGUAUUUCUAAUGUUUGUUUUUUCUAUUUUUGUGCAUGAAUAAA